CCGAUGACUGGGAAAAUAGGUGUGUAGACACAUUUGAAACAUUGGAUGCUCUUAUUCAAAUGAUGGCAAAUAAGGAGACUGGCCAAGCUUCUACUCCGAUUGAUGAGGAUUCAGUAAAUGAAAAAGUGAACAGGAUCAUCGAGGUAAUGGAGGAGAAUCUGAAGAGCAUGAAGGAUCGAAUGUCAUUACUGGAAGAAGAAAACAUGCAUCUUAGAGCCCGUGUGUCAGAGUUGGAAGGAAACAACAAUGUUUUUCCCACUAACGUGACACAACAGCGAUCCAGUGGGACACCUUUAUCUCCAAUGUCUCACACGCAACCAUCGAGUGAGACGCCUUUAUCUCCAAUGUCUCAACAGCCUAAUUUGACACAUGAGGAGACAAUGAUUGAAUCAGCUGCAUCUCCAAAGUCUCAACAAAAUGAGGAUUACACGCAACCAUCGAGUGAGACGCCUUUAUCUCCAAUGUCUCAACAGCCUAAUUUGACACAUGAGGAGACAAUGAAUGAAUCAGAUGAUGACACUCCUGCCCUUGAUACUCAAGUAUUCUCUCCUAAUCUGACAAAAGAGAAAGAAACAAGUGAGUCACCUGCUGAGAGGCCAUCCAAUCCUAAUCAAGAUGGAAAACCAGAUGAUGAGAUUGUGAUUGAGUCACCUGCUGCUCAGACUCAAGUUUUGCAAAAAGAAACACUGGAAAUGAAUGAGACACCUUCUUCUCCAAUAUCUCCAAAGAGUAUUGAGGCUCAAGUUUUUACUCCAAUUCAGAAACAGCAGACGGUAACAGAGGGAACGUAUGAGGCUACACAGCCAUUGACUGAGAUCAUUUCAGCAAACAAUAAAAGGUAAGCAUAGAAA